AUGCUUCAUAAAUGUGCAAAAGUUGUCUUUGUCUGGCAUCAAGGUCAUGGCACUGAGUACCCAGUAAGAAAACAUUUGACUUCAAAGAAUUUUGUUUCUUUCUUCUUUUUUUUAUUUUCUUCAUUUUCUUUCUUUAUUCCCUUUCUUUCUUUCUUCCUUUUUUUUCUUCAUUUUCUUUCUUUAUUCCCUUUCUUUCUUACUUUCUUCAUUUUUCUUUCUUCAUUUCCCUUCUUUCUUUCUUUCUUCCUCCCUCCCUCUCUUUCUUUCUUUCUUUCUUUCUUUCUUUAUGCUUACAAGUUGCUUGUAUUUAACUGUCAUAUCUAUCUAUCUAUCUAUCUAUCUAUCUAUCUAUCUAUCUAUCAUAGCCUGUCCAUUAUCUAUCUAUCUAUCUAUCUAUCUCAUUCUUUUUCUUUCUAUGUAUUUAUCUGUUCACAUCUAUCUAUCUAUCUAUCUAUCUAUCUAUCUCAUUUUCUUUCUAUCUAUGUAUCUAUCUGUUCACAUCUAUCUUUUCACAUCUAUCUAUCUAUCUAUCUAUCUGUUCAUAUGUAUGUAUCUGUUCAUAUCUAUCUGUUUACAUUUAUGUAUGCAUGUAUCUGUCUCUCUGUUCACAUCUAUCUAUCUAUCUAUACUGGGUGUAACAUCAAAAUGGACUGA